AUGUUCUCAAGAUAUCCAAAACCAAUUGAUCUUGGAAGAAGAACAGAUAAGUGCUACCAUUGUGGAGCACUUUCAUUCCCACGAGAGAGACUGAAAAUCGUUGCUGCAAAAAACGGGCGUUUUGGAUUAAUCCAGUGGAAGAAGAUCCCCACCUGCAUUGACCCAGAUGUUUCAGGAAAAGUUCAGAGGAUGUCUGAUUUCGGCAAACGCAGCAUUCUCCAUGGCCAGCGUCAACUACAACCGUCAACAACAGAAGGCUCACGGAGUGCAGUCGAUGAAAGUCAAGGAGUAGUAACCUUCCUGCCAUCUGCCAUACAUCCACGGGAGACCGCAAAAGCAAGAUAUGCCAAACCUUCAUGUACUGGAACACGACAAUGA